GGACAGCCAAGGAGGGGCAAUCAGCAGACACCACAGAACGACCAACGACGAUCGAUCGAGUACCAGCCAUUCAAUACACAAUAGAUAGAUAGAGCGGAGCACGAUGUCGCGGCCACAGGAUGGAGACAGGAACCAGGAAGCCACGGUCUACAUGGGUAACUUGGAUGAACGAUGUACAGACGCCUUGGUUUGGGAACUGAUGCUCCAGGCCGGUCCCGUGGUUAAUGUUCAUCUGCCCAAGGACCGGGUAUCGAUGUCCCACCAGGGCUACGGUUUCUGCGAAUUCCUGACCGAGGACGACGCGGAAUACGCCUGUAAGAUCAUGAACCAAAUCAAGCUCUACGGGAAGCCGAUCCGGGUCAACAAGGCAUCUUCAGAUCGAAAACAGGUCGACAUUGGUGCCAAUCUGUUUAUUGGUAAUCUCGACGCUAACGUCGAUGAACGAAUGUUAUAUGAUACCUUCAGUACAUUUGGAACACUAGUCCAAACAGCCAAAAUUGCACGGAAUCCGACGACAGGCCAGUCGAAUGGGUACGGCUUUGUAGCAUACGAGUCCUUCGAGGCAGCAGACACGGCAAUCGAGUCGAUGAACGGCCAGUUCCUCAUGAACAAGGCGAUCACCGUUCAGUAUGCAUUCAAGAAGGAUGGCAAGGGCGAGCGACACGGGACACCCGCGGAGCGACUGCUUGCGGCCCAGGCGCGGAAGAACAACGCCUUGCCAAGUGCCACCGGAGCUAAUCUGCCGGCGCCUCCACCCAGCGCACCCAAUCCGAUGCGUUACAACGCAGCGAACGCCCAAUCGACCCCAUCGAGUCAUCCGAGCAAUAACCCGGCAUCAAAUGGCCCACCUGGCUCAUUCCCCCCAUCCGGUGGCGGCGGACACCAUCCACAUCAACCAUACCAUGCGGGAGGUGGGCAAGGAGGGGGGCACCACAACCCAGCAAUGAGCUACCACAAGCCACCUGGCCCGGCCCCUCACGGCUCGUACCCAGGUCCACCCCCAACGACGGUCCCGAUGGCCUACCGGCCCGCACAGACAAAUUCCUUCCAACAAGCCCCUGCUAGGAACUUCCCCCCUCCUCCCGCCGGAUUCGCUCCUACUAACGGCCAUUCUCCCUUCCCUCCCGCUCAAAUACCCCCGCCUCCCACUAACUUCGCUCCCCCGAUCUCGAACGGUACCGGCCCCCAUUCAUUUCCUCCCCCCUCUCAGAAUCAACCGUCUGGACUUCCUCAACCAAAUCAGGGAAUCCCCCUUCCCCCUCCCGGUUUCGCUCCCCGAUAACACUUUUCCCUCUUUUGAUAAUUUAGAUAAUGUAUUUCAUCCUACUCUUAUUGGGCCAAUAAAAAAACAAAAGCUUCCCCUCGA